CUGUCCUGCAGUAUUGCCAACUAUGAGUGACAUCGACAAGAAGCCCGACAUCAAGCCCGAUGUUACCAACGAGAAAAUCAUGCUUAUCGUCCGGCAUGAAGAAAAAGAAGUCAAGAUCGCCCUCAAGCCGCAUCAUCAAAUGCAGAAGCUCUUCGAUGCAGCUGGGAAAGCAUUCCAAAUGGACGCGAAAACGCUCAAGUUUGUAUAUCAUAAUCAACGAUUGAGACCGAAUGAUACAGCGGCGGACAUGGAAAUGGAGGAUGGAGACGAGAUUUCGGCAUUCUUGGAGCAGCUCGGUGGCACGAUUUGGUCGUGGUCGUAAUUGUAUCAUGUCGCCGUUCACAUACGGCACUGCGCCUACGUACACGUGCAGCGAACGAACACCCUAACACCUAGAAACCCAGACUAUGUUUCUCAGAAACCAAAUCCCGAUGAUUGAUUGAUUUUGUUUUGUGUGCGUUCGCUAACUAGAAUCAAUCAUUGAUGGGGAGUUGUAUUAUCAUAUUGUUUCUUUCUUCACCUCUUUUUUGUUGGCUGGGCCUUGCUCAUUGUUUGUUUUCAUCCUACUGUAUCGCAUCCCAAAAUUAUAUCCUAUCGUUCACAUAAGUAAUGCGACGAUUGUGAUAGGCAAGCUGCGUGAUGAUUCUGCGGUUGCGAUCUAACGAUGUUCAACUUAUGGCGAUUGCCACAAAAACGAAUGUAUUAC